AUGGAAGAGUUAGCAAAUAAUAUGAUGAAUGAAAUCAUGAGUGUUACUAAGCCUAUAGCUGUGAACGGAUUUUCUAAAGAAAACGAAAUUAAAGCAACAAUUAAUGAUGAAAAAGACUUUAUUAGUGAUGAUUACAUGAAUAAAAUUAAAAAACAAUACGAUGUACUCGUGCAGGACCUUCAAGACCGACUGUCCCAUGAAGAGGACGCCCACACAUCCCUCUCAUCAGCCAAAAAGAAGUUGGAAUCAGAGAUCUCUCAACAAAAGAAAGAAAUUGAAGACAUGGAGCUCUCACUUCAGAAAGCAGAGCAGGACAAGUCUUCAAAGGACCACCAAAUCCGUAACUUGAAUGAUGAGAUCGCACAUCAGGACGAGUUGAUCAACAAAUUGAAUAAAGAGAAAAAGAAUAUGCAAGAAGUCAGUCAAAAGACAUCCGAAGAUCUUCAGGCCACUGAAGACAAAGUGAAUCACUUGAAUAAAGUGAAGGCAAAAUUGGAGCAGACUUUGGAUGAACUGGAAGACGGUCUCGAAAGAGAGAAGAAACAGAGGGCUGAGAUCGAGAAGAAUAAACGCAAAAUCGAAGGCGACCUCAAACUGGCUCAGGAGGCCGUCGUAGACCUCGAGAAGAAUAAGAAAGAGUUGGAACAAACCAUUCAACGCAAGGAGAAAGAGAUGGCCAGUCUCGCCGCCAAACUCGAAGAUGAACAGAGUUUAGUCGCUAAAUUGCAGAAACAAAUCAAAGAACUUCAGUCGUUUAAGAGUUCAGUCCAAACAAACAACAAAAUGGAUCGAUACGAUAGUGUGGAUGAAAGUGAUGUCAACGUCUCAUAUUCAUUGCCAUUAAGAGAUACGACAAGUGAUACCCAUGAUUACCAAUACGUGAGAAGUGCCAUGCAAUCGAGCACAGGUGCCGGUGACGCCCUGGCCGACAAAUCCACUUUCUAUCCGUUACAGACAAAGGCUCGAUAUAUGCCUCCGACAUGUAAUCUGAGUACCGAAAGCAAACGGAUUGUCCGCCGGGCACAGGACCCUAUUUUACAGAACAGUCCCCGUGUCGUCCACUUUCUCUAUGAAGCCCGAAUUGAAGAGCUCGAAGAGGAACUGGAGGCUGAACGUCAGGCCCGAGCGAAGGCUGAGAAACAGCGCGCAGACCUCACCCGCGAACUCGAGGAACUGAGUGAACGUCUGGAGGAGGCGGGAGGGGCCACCUCUUCGCAGAUCGAAAUGAAUAAACGACGCGAAGCAGAGAUGUCUAAACUGAGACGAGAUCUCGAGGAAUCCAAUCUACAACACGAACAGUCUAUGUCUGCCCUCAGAAAGAAACACAACGACUCCGUCGCUGAACUCAGCGAACAGGUCGACCAACUCAACAAAGCCAAAGCCCUGGUUGACAAGGAAAAGCAACAAAUUAAAGGUGAAUUGGAUGACGUUAAGGCCAGUGUGGAACACCUGUCUAGAGAUAAGAAAGACAAGUCUACUUUGGCGUCAGAAGUGUCUGAUCUCCAAGGGAUUGUAGAUCACGCCACCAAAAAUCAGGCAAACACAGAGAAGCAGAACAAGCAGUUGGAGAUGCAGUUGGGAGAAGUGACGGGAAAGUUGGAUGAGACGAACCGCACUUUGGGUGACUUCGACGCCGCCAAGAAGAAGUUGGCCGUUGAGAACUCAGAGCUCCAGAGACAGCUCGAGGACGCUGAGUCACAGGUCGCACAGUUGUCCAAAUUGAAGACUUCCCUCCAGACACAGCUCGAUGAAGCGAAACGAACCGCCGAUGAAGAGAGCAGAGUAUGUAUUGCUUCCGAUUCGCUAACACUUCAAGUGUUUGUCACAUAA